AUGUUCCAUUGGAUUGGUCAAAAUCUUUAUGUAACUAAUCUUAUUAAUGAUUGUAUAUGGGUUUUAAAAAAUGAUGAACAUUAUGCAAUUCAAUUAAAAAUUGCUACUGUUAAUCAUAUGGUUGGAAUACUUUAUUUUAUUAAUUAUGAACAUGAAGUUAUUGAGAAUCCUAAUGAAAGUAUUGUUACUAUUGUAUCAGCUUAUAUGAAUGGUAAAAAUUGUACAAUAUUAAUUGAUACAGAUUUUAUUAAUCAUGAAAACCGUUCAUUAUAUACCAUUGAAAAAUUUGAACUUGGAAUAUCUACACUUAUCAUCUAUUAA